GGGGAGGAUAUUUGUUUGUUUUAAGCGAAGCAAUAAAGAUAGAUAAAAAGGCUGUGAAGGGUGUCACUUUCGAAAGCAAAAGAGGGAGGAGGACACAAACACUCUCCCUAGCAAGUAAAGUAAAAAAAAGAGGGUGUGGUGAAAGUUGAAAAGAAAAUAUUCAUUCUGUCUCUAGUUACUACUUGCUGCCAUGGCAAGCAUCAAGUCUAAUAAGCAAGUCUUAAGAGGAAAAACAACAACAUCAAGUGUCUGAGUCUGGAUCCUCAACGGAAACGGGCUUUUGCGGCUACGGUGGAGCAUGCAGGAACGACGUCGUCCAGCCAGGGGAUGGUGAGAGGAAGCGGAGGGGAGAUAGUUCAAGUUGAAGGCGGUCACAUUGUGCGCUCCACAGGGCGGAAGGACCGUCACAGCAAAGUGUGCACCGCCAAAGGCCCUCGUGACCGACGGGUGAGGUUAUCGGCCCACACCGCCAUCCAAUUCUACGACGUCCAGGACCGCUUGGGCUACGACCGCCCCAGCAAGGCCGUCGACUGGCUCAUCAACAAGGCCAAGUCCUCCAUCGACCAACUCGCCCACCUCCCUCCCUGGAAACCCACUCUCCCCUCACCCGCACCACCUCAUCUAAACGACGACCAUUCAGACAACCCUAACCCUAACCCUAACCCUAACCCCAACCCCAACCCCAACCCCAACCCCAACCAUAGCCCUGAUGCCCAAAUUCUCAACCAGUUCGACCACGACGAUGGAGCUGGAGCUGGUUCCAGUUAUCUUCCUAUGGAUAACGACGCGAUAAGGUCGUUCUUCCCCACGACGACUUCCUCGUUGGUUCAAUUCCAGAGCUACCCACCGGAUUUGCUCUCCAGAACCAGUAGCCAGGACCUGCGUCUCUCGCUUCAGUCCUUGCAAGACCCUAUUUUACUUCACCACAACCACAACAACAACGAGCACGUGCUUUUCGCUGGAACCGCCUUUGAUAACAUGGUAGCGUGGAAUAAUAAUAGUAAUAAUAAUCAUAAUAAUAAUAAUCAUAAUAAUAAUAAUAAUAAUAAUAAUAAUAAUAAUAAUACUGCUUCUAAUGAUACUUGUGGUGGUGGUGGUGGUGGUGGUGGUGGUGGAGGAGGAGGAGGAGGAGGAGGAGGGUUUGUGUUUAACGCUCCUUCGACUUUGCCGGGGCCGGCGACGGUGGCGUCGCCGACGGUGGUGUUUGGUCAUGGUUAUGGUCAAGGCCAGUAUUUUUCUCAGAGGGGACCCCUUCAGUCCAGUAACAGCCCUUCCGUUCGUGCGUGGAUUGACGCGCCAUCGUUCGUCGCUGCUGCCGCCGAUCAUCGGCAUCAUCACUAUCUGUCUCCCGCGGCAGCGGCAGCGGCGUUGGUGUAUCAGUCUGCUCCUUCCACGGCGGCAUUUACGGCGGCGCCCGGUGGCUUCUCGGGAUUCCGCGUGCCGGCACGAAUUCAGGGUGAGGAGGAGCACGACGGCGGCAUGUCCGAUAAGCCGUCCUCUGCUUCCUCCGAUUCUCGCCGUUGAACCGUCGAGAUCGUCAGCCGAUUUCUGUCUCCUUGGAAUCAAUUGGGUAUGUGUGUGAUCUGUUUUUUGCAGGGAUGGAGGAGACGAAGUUGGACUUGGAAUGGUUCGGUUCGGUUCAGUGGACUAUUAUGCUUGUGGAAUGAAGAAAAUCUGGGGUUGAAUAUCCAGGUUUUUGAAUUCUCCAGUCUGUUAUGUUAAUUUAUUUUAUGUUUUUCAUGUUUCAUUAGGGAGACUUUCAAGUUUGAGUACUGUUGUGUUGGAUUGUCUGUUUGAUGAUGUUUGUUACAAUUUGUACUAGUGGAUGUAUUUGUACUUGGGUAUCUAGUUUCUUAGUUUUGGUUUGAAGACAUGCACGUAGAUACUACUAUAUCACUUAUUAUUCACGGCCUAGUUGGUCGAUUUAUCUUUGUAUUUCCAACUUAGUGCAGAGCCAGAUUCAGGGUGA